GGGUGUGCUUGCAAAACGGAGACGCGGAGCACAUCACGGCCAUACUCGGAGAAUCCGUUAUACUCAACUGCGCGGUGUCGCACCCCAAGAUUCCCUACAUUAUUCAUUGGAAGAGACAGCAUCACAAGAUUCCCAUCUACAUCUGGUACGAGGGUUAUGACCCCCACGUGGAGGACACGUAUAAGGGGCGCGCGUCCAGGGUGUCGCAGGACACCACGUACGGCCUGGCCUCCCUCAACCUGACCAAUGUCAGGGAGGACGACCAGGGCUGGUAUGAGUGCAAGGUCUUCUACCUGGACCGGACUGGAUCCCCCGACAACGGCACGUGGAUCCACCUAGAUGUUCAUGCUCCGCCUCGGUUUACAACAACACCAGAUGAUGUUACUUACGUUAAUAUUGGUAACUCCAUCAUCCUUAAUUGUGAGGCAGAGGGAACCCCCAAACCAGAGAUAUUCUGGUUUAGAGAUGAUGAGCCUGUAGUACCCUCUGACAGUGUUGGCAUCUUUAAUGAUGGCACAGAGCUUCGAAUCAACAAGAUCAGAGACCAAGAUAUUGGUGACUAUGUCUGUGUAGCACGUAAUGCUGAAGGACGAGUUCACCAUGAAGCCAAAGUUGUUAUUGCUGGUGGUGCUGUAAUUGUUACUCCACCACAGAACCAAACACGUCAAGAGGGAGAAAAGGUUGAGUUUCCCUGUGAAGCAAAAGCUUUGCCAGGCAAUGUAACAGUCAUUUGGAAGAGGGAAGGUGUAGCCAUUGACAAGCUUUCUUGGCUUGAUAUCCGUGCUAUCGUCAGGAAAGAUGGGGCUCUUGUGAUCAAUCCUACCAGUGCAGAUGAUGGCGGGUUCUUCACAUGUGAAGUGUCCAAUGGCAUCGGGACACCUCAACGUGCCACAGCUUACCUCAAUGUAGAAUAUCCAGCACGAGUAACUUAUACUCCAACUGUGCAGUAUCUCCCCUUCAGGCAGCAGGGAAUUAUCAAGUGCUUUAUUAAAAGCAACCCUCCCAUUCAGUUUGUUACCUGGAUAAAAGACAAGCGUCUCUUUGAUGCAGAGAAAGAAAAUACUGUAGUCAAACUUAAUAAUGGCUCUCUGCUUAUAACUAAGGUCAAUCAAUCUCAUCAGGGACGCUAUAGUUGCACACCUUACAACCGCCACACCACGGCCGGUUCCUCUGGUGAUAUGGAGGUUAUAGUUCGUGAUCCACCAGUAUUUUCGCCUAGACCCCAGCUUCAGUAUCACGGACAGGUAGGAGAGGAAGUGACUCUCGUAUGUGGAGGUCAAGGCUCUCCAACUCCAGAAGUUACUUGGAAAAGGCGUGAUAACCAAAAUCUGCCAAGGGAUCGUACUGACAUUGUGGGAGGAAAUCUUACCAUCCGUUCUCUCCGAAAAAGUGAUCAUGCAUAUUAUGAGUGCAUGGUUAGCAAUGAAAUUGCAACUUUGGUAACAGCAACACAGUUACUGGUGGAAGGCACAACACCUCAUCCACCAUACAAUAUCACAAGUGAAACAGAUCCAUUUAGUGUGAAAUUAUCUUGGCUACCUGGCUAUCCUGGGGGCAAGGACUGGGAGCAGCAAUAUACUAUAUGGUACCGAGCAUUAGGUUUUCGAACUUGGUCUCAAAUAGAUGUAAAGCCUGCUGGAAGCACCAGUAUAACUAUACAUAAUUUCCUGGCCAUACAUAGUUUCCAGGUUCAGGGCAAAAAUAUGCUGGGGGAUGGCAUGUUCUCUGACGUAGUAACAGCUACCACUGAAGCUUUAGGAGGACAAACAUCUGACUCUCCAAUCGACAAUCCCCACGUGACGCCCACUCCAGAUAAACCCGUAUACGAUUAUAGCAUGAUAGUGUUCCCAACGGAUUCUUCUGGAUCGACCUAUAUUCCAACAAUAUUGAAUCCGACAGAACCUUUUGUUGGUAAUGCUGUCUUGAAAUUUAUUUGUGUUAGCAUCAACAAUGUUGAGGCUUUCUUUAUCAUCUCCAUUGUCUCCAGUGUAGGCAUACAGGCAAACAAUUAUGAUAUUAACAUUGGAUAUCACAUUUUAAUACAGACUAUUAUAUGUAACAAGCUAGAAGCAAUUAGAGAUCACAUGGGAAGUUUGUGGUACUUGCCAAGCUUAGAUAUAUAUACAGUAUAUGACUGUAAACAGGAUAAAAUUUCAUUGAUAGGUAUUGGAUGGACAAUACAUUUUGAAAUAGAUGCUGAAUACAAGAUGGAGAGCUGUAUUCCUUUCAUUUGUGUGAUCAGAACCACUGUAAAGGAGUGCAUAGACUUUGACUGA